UCAUACGUUUUAACAACGUACGGUGGACCACAUUUGAAUUUGCAAGUUAAGUCAAUACUCACACUCAUUGCUCUUUGAUCCACAUUCAGUUGCUACAAUGUUCAAAUGUGUGUGUUUAGGUGCAUGUGUGCAAAAAUUUAUACAUACACACACCAAUGUAUAUAGUCAACUGCGCGCUAUGGUGUUGGUGCAUGUAUUUUAGAUUCUUUAAAUUAAAAAUUUCCUCUUCGCAAAUAGUGAGAAGAAAAUUAAAAAUUAGUUUAAUACGAAUAUCGAUCCCCUGAAGUGACUGUCUGUUUGGCAGACUUGUACGUGUCCGUUGCGUGUUUUAUUUCACAAAUAAGUUCUAAAUAAUACCUACAUAAAAAAAAUUCAUUAACAAAAAUUGUUUGAAAAAACGAAUGCAUAGCAGACUUCAGUGGGUUUUGAAUUGAAAAAGGAAAGGAGGAGGUCAUAUUGCGUCCCAAUAAUAGAAUGAAAUAAAAUAUAUGGAAGCAGAGAAGAAAACAAGACAUAUACGCGCAAAAUUGUCGAACGAACGUAUAUAGUAUUUUCAAAAUACACUUUACGAAAAACAAAAACGAGUAACGACAAAAUAAAAAUUUUCCAUUUUCAAAUAACGAUUAUACGAUAUUGUAAAAAAAGCACGAAUUGAAAACGAACUUAGCACAAGAAAGUCAAUAGUGAAACAACGUUACAUAAUUAAAUAAAAAAUGCAAAUGCGUGUAUGAAUGUACAUAUUACGAGGAAAAUAUAAACAACGUUUACAAAGUACCUAUGUACCACACUUAACAUUGCUUCUAAAAAGUUAACAUGACUAUGAUUUAGGCGUAGGGCAAGUUUAGAUUUAAAGGAAUUUUAUUUUAGCAUCUUUAGAGGCCUCAUGGCUCAGCAGGGUUAAGUGCAUAAAAUAAUAUAAAUACUUUCACCUCGAUUCUGACUAGUUAAUAAGUUAUUAUGUGUACGGCGAUGAUUUCGAGCAACGCAAUCAAGCUUAACGUUGAAAAGUUAAAAAUCAAACCCAAAAUAUCAACGACAAAAUAUCGACGACAAAAGAGGCAAAAGCAGUCCUCAUCCACAGUGACGACCUUUCACGCCACUACGAGCAGAGUGUGCUUAAUGCGCUCAAAAAACUUAUUUUCAAUCAAAUUUAACCACCAGAGACAUAAGCCAACGAAAUUACAAAGAAAAGGAAAUUUAAAUUAAUCAUAAAAAUUGAUGAAAUUUGUGAUUUAAAAGUGCCGGUAUAACAUGCUACAAAAACAUUUGAAGAUGAUAAAGUAGUAUCGAAAAAUAUCGUUACACAAAACUCGACCAGUUUACGAUCCUGUACGAAACUGUUUUAGAAUACGUAUAAAUGUAUUCAUCGAACAUACGAAACUCAAACCAAAAGUGGAAAAAUUCGAACUCGAAGAAUAAAUAAAUAAAUAUAUAAUUUAAGAAAUUUAUAAAAGUUUUAAAAGUAAAAUAAAUAAAAUUGUUUGAAAAGAGAGAUCAUUAACCAUAUAUAUGCUGAUUUUACAAGUGCAUACUUCAUAGUAGUAAAAAAAGACUUAUAAUUAGUCAUUAGAAGCUAUUAUAUUAAAAUUAUAAAUUUAAGAUAUUUUACACCGCAAAGGUACAGUGUUAUGGUUCAUUAUAUUUAGGAGUAUUACCACCCUUUAUUUACGCUCAAUCUAAAGUGGUGGAGGCAAAAUAUUUAUAUAUAUAUUUAUGCCAUUCUUUAUAUAAUAUAAUUUAAAUAAAAUAAUAAAAGGCUAUUUAUAACUGUUAAGUAGUUUGAUAAGUUUUAAAUAAAAAUUCUACACUUUUUCCCCAUCGAACGGCGCAAGAUAAAACUUAUUUAUGAGGCAAUAUAAUUAUCAAACGUACUCAGGGUACCAGCAUACGAAUGCGCAACGGCAAUCCCAUCAAAAUGUACACAACAACUCGGUGCAUCCAUUACAUCAGCAGCGUGCACAUAUUUUCCGCUUCGGGCAACAUCAACCAGAACGCCAACAACACCAAACACAGCAAAAGCAACAGCGCCAGCAAAAAUUAGACGAUUUAACGGCUACUCAGCCAUUGCCAAUGCCAACAAUGUCACCACUGCAGCAAUUUUCUUCAUAUCCUUGGUACCAGCAGUCAGCAACGCAACAACAUAAUCACUAUACAGCUGACAAAGCAAUAAAUGUUGAUACAAACAGCAAUCCAACAAUUUCAAUACCUUCUUCACCACAAUGCACGCAUGAUACAGAUUACCUAUCCCAUAUAGAAAAUAACCUGAACAAUAACCAUGGUUCUUACUAUAGAAAUAAUAUGUUAAAUAAAAUAAGUAACAGCAAUAAACUUCAGCAGCACCAGUUAGAGUCGCCACAAACAUUAAUUGCUAAUAAUCGGCAUGCGCAGUUGCAACAACAACAUAAUCACCAUAAUAUUCAACAACAGCAACGACACUUAACUCAUCAACAAUGCACGCAAUGCUUGCAGCCCCAGCAACAUUUUCAAUUACAAUAUGAACCACAACAAAGAGCACGUCAAAGUGGUGGUAAUUCUAGUAAUGACAAUAAUAAUCCAAAUAAUCAGCAACUGUUAGAGAGAACUUUGAUUGAAAAACAGCAACCGCAACUACUUCAACUACCUGAGACAGUUACUAACAAUUCUACCUCCUUUCCGGUCAAUUUGCCCAUAGCGCCCGGUAAUAGUGACGAAUGCAAUACCAAUGAUGUGGAAGGAACUAUCGACACCGUCAACACGGCUGCGGAUUGUCGAUUCUCGAUGGAUGCUUACGAAAUCGCAAAUUUUCUAGCUAAUGAGCUUUUUAUGCAGCAGCUCGUUUCAGUGGAUGGCAUUCAAAGUGGCGUACCUACGUUAACCACAUCUACAUUAACGCCGACGACGUUACGCAGCAUCGAAGAAACGUUCAUACAGUUGACAGCAGAUCACUCAAAUCCUCCCUGUCAGGCAGGUUUUAUACCACCGCCUGUUACUUCCAUUCAAAAUUCCACUAGCCCUAUAUUCAGCGGUGCUAUACCAAAUUACAAUGAGAUUGAUAUGGAUGAUUCACAAGCGUCCUGGAAUUCACAACUUCACGAUGAUAAUUCACAGGCUACAACAGAUAAUUCAAGCGCCUCAUUCCCUAAUGGACUCAAUGGUACCAGCAACGCUUCACUCGCUACCUCAACAACUUCGUCAAAAAAUGAUUUCACAAUGCUACAUAACGCCAUUGGAUCAGAUACUGGCAAACAUGCUGGAAAUCUUUUGCUCACAAAUUCUCCCAACAGCAGUAACGUUCAUACCUCGAGCAGUGCCACAAACACCACAAUUACACCCACACCGACGCGUCGUAAUCAAGGUGGUCGCCGUCCUGCUAAACCAACUAAUAUGUCUCCCGAGGAAGAGGAGAAGAGACGCAUACGCCGUGAACGUAACAAAUUGGCUGCAGCACGAUGUAGAAAGCGUCGAGUCGAUCAAACUAAUGAACUGCAAACAGAAGUAGACCGGUUGGAAAAUAUACGGGAGUCGUUAACAAAAGAAAUUGAGAACCUUAAAGUUACCAAAAACCAAUUGGCUUUUAUUUUAGAAGCGCAUCGACCUACGUGCCAAAAGGUAAGGCAAGACUUAUUGAGCGUGCACACCUAUGAUGGACUGAUCGCACCAACGAAUGGCAAUAGUAAUGACAGUAAUAGCAAUAUUAUUGGAGUAGAUACCACGCUGUCAUCUGUAGGGCGAAGUGGCUCACCUAUCGAUCUUAAACCUGUCAUUUUGGAUAUGGUAUCCCACAUUAAGAAUGAACCUUUAGAUAAUACGUUGGACUCGAAUUCAUCACAAGGCCAUGAUGGACCUCCAUCGCCCAAGCGCAUACUACUAUCUGAUAAUAAUCCGAUGGUGCAACCACCAUUGCCGAAUGUUUCAACAUUAUCUGCUUCAUUGGCUGCGGCAUCCGCAUCAUUAAACACACCAAUUAUGACGGCGGCACCGGUUAGCUUUGCUAGUCUUGUUUCCGGCACCAGUAUUUCCAACAAUAAUAAUAAUAAUAUAGUAAAUAGUAUUGCAAUCAGUAACGCUAUUACUGGCACAUUGAGUGCCCCACAUAAGCCAAUACUGAGUGGUGGUAAACAGCGUCCCAACUCUCUACCUACAAACUUACGUAACCAGGCACAAAAUCUCGCUUUAAAUACAGAACGUCCGCCAACUGACAUCAAUGGUGUUGCCAUACAAACCCCCUCGACAGGCAUGUUUAAUUUCGACUCUUUGAUGGAUGGUGGCACUGGAUUGACUCCCGUUUCAGGUCCAUUGGUGCCAAAUUGCUCAUCACAAAACAAACAUCCAUUAGAAAUUCAAACACCUACAAGUGAGCCAUCAAAAUUGGUUAGCUUAUAACAAUAAAAAUGGCAAUCUUUUGAAACAGUAUAAGAGUCUGGUACAAAAGACGACGGAUAGAUGAGGUUAGAAGUAAGAAUGAAAUAGUUAAGAAACACCAGUCAAAUAUUUACAAAAUUUCAAUGAGUAUUGUGGUAUUGUAUUAGUGAGACCUAAAAACUCUUGCAGCCUUAAACAGACAAAAACAAAGACACAAAAAUCCUUAUUUAUACAAACAUUAAAAUAUUUACGUAUCUAGUAUAUGUAUUAAAUGAAUGAAGUGCAUGCGCAUGCGUUACGGAUGCCAUAAAGAAGAUUAAUGUUUAUUUUAUACAUAUGUACAUAUGAAGGUAAAUAAAUUAUUUUUGAUGCAAAAAGAUUCAAUUGCUUUGUAUAACUUGUGGGUCGUAACAUAUAAUUGAGUAAUUUUUAAGCAAUCAUACAUAAAUACAAUUUUAUAAAAAAUUUUAUUAUAUGUUUAAUCUUACAAAAUAAACAUAAAAAUGUUUAGAGUUAAUUUAAAAAAAUUGACCAUCGUUCAAAAUAUAAAGAAAGUAAUUAGAAUUGAAUUGGGAAGAAACAAAUGAAUAUUUAUUGUAUUAUUAUAUUUUAAACUCAUUUAUUUGGUUCACGUUGUGAUGAUUUUCAUAAUUUAUGGUUAUUUAUUUGAUCUUAAUGUUUUCAUUUAACGAACCGAAAUCAAGAGUUUUGACUACAAUACAAUAAGGUAAACGUAAAAUUAUGUUGCUUUGAAUUUUAACCACAAAAUUUAUUUUACAUUUUACAAUUUAUUUUUUAUAAAUAUGAUACUUAACUAACGGAAUUGUGUUUAACAACAUUGAGAAUGCGUUGUGAUAUUAAAAAAAAUUAAAUGAUAUGUAUUUAUAUACAUGAAAAGCAAUUUAUAAAAACUAAUCCAUUAAUUUAAUGUAAUAAAAUUUGCUGUAAUUUUAACAAAUCAAAACAUUGUAAAACAAUUAUGUAUUGUCAGGUUAACUGAAUUUGUGAAGAAAUCAAGAUAAUCUUUAGAAAGAACAAUUGAAAUUGCCUUUAUGUGUAACAAAACAAAUUAAAAACUAAAUAUCUUUCUACAGUGAUAUGCAUAUUUAUUUGUAAAUAUAUGUGUUUAUAUACGUAUGUAUUCAUAUAAGCUUCUUUGGUACCAACAAAGUUUCUAAACCAUUAAUACAAAUAUAUAUAUUAGUAAUAUUAUGUAAUACUGCGUAUUCUUUUACAUAGUAAAUAAAUACUAAGAAGUAUGUAAACAUUUAACUGUUUUUGAGUCUGCUAAGCAUUUGCUGCUGGUUGCGAAAUCCUCCUUCCACAAAAAUGCAUGAUUUUUUUGUAGCUUGAAAUAUGGUAGUUGCCUUUACAAUGUCUGCAUAACUAGCAUACAUAUGCAAGAAAUAAUAAAGCUUUUAAGUGUUUAACACUCACUUUUUACAUUUUGGUUGUCCUACACAACUAAAAACAAUAUUUAUAUUUUUAUAAUAGUAAAUAAGAGAAAAAAAUUUUGAAAUAUAAAGGAAAACUUAUAGCUCAAAAUUAAAUUUUUAGUAAUUCUUUACCCUACAUACAUAUGUAUAUGAUUUUCGCUUUAGAUAUGAUAUUCAUGAUAUUCGAUUUAUCACAUUUCAAAAAUAUAUUGUGGAAUUAGAGGACAACGCUUAGGGUAAAGGCAGACAAAAAAAUUCAAAAAUAUACAUAUUGUAGAUAAAUAUUUAAAUAGCUGAAAACAUAAUUUUACAAUAAAUACACUAUAAUACCGACACCAAAUUAAAAGAAUAUUACAAAAGUAAGGAAAUAAAUGAAGCAAACUACUUAUAA